AUGGAUGUGACCACGCACUCGACCAAUCGGCCAACAAUCGCCUUCCUGCCACUAAACUUGAUCAAUCGUUUGAUGUUGCCGUCUCCACGACUGUUCAACUUCUUGUUCUUCCACUCGAUACCCUGUGAGUCGUCGAUUGAGGCCAGCAGUCCGAAUCCAGUUGCGCCAAUCGCUUUCCUCUUGGGUGAAGCGCUGGCCGUCUGCAUUGAUGAGCCCUUGCUCGCCAGGUUCUUUACGGGGUUGACAGUGGGCUUCUUGCGGUUGGCUGGGCCUGCUGGCCGCGCGGAUCCCUUUGCGCUGCCAAGGAGUUGGUGGGCGGCGGCAGGUGAUCCAAGUAUCGACUUUGGUGAGGCAACUGUGCUGGGCAACGACUUGGAAGGCGUUGUCAAAGGUGAUCGAGUCGAUGUCAUUGUUGUCGUUGUUGUUGUGGUAGUCGUUGUUGUCGUCGUCUUUGUCUUGGUCGCAGAGGAUACCUUUGAUGUCAUGGAUGUGGAGGUGGAUGUGGUGGCUUUGGCUUUGGCUGUGGCUGUGGCGGCUGUGGCUUUGGCUGUGACAGUUGGAGUGGUUGCGGUGGCUGUAGUCUUGGACGCAGCCAAUCUCUUGGCUGCCAAUGCUGGCGAGAGUUUAGCCAUUGAUGACGCUGCCGCGGGUUUUGCCAAGGUCUUUGGUAUCGCCGAGACUGGCUUUUUGGCAGCUGUGGCCGAUAUGGGCACUACCUUUGGUUUGGCUGUGGUGGAAGUUGAUGAUGUUGAUACAGGUGUUUUUAGUUUGGAUGAUGUUGAUACAGGUGUUGUGGUCUUGGUCGUAGCAGUUGGCUUGACGGUGGGUGAUGUUGUUGUUACAUUGGCACCAACCUUUGAUGAUGAUGCCUUGGGUGAUGAUGUGGAAGUAGUGGAGGUUGGAGUAGUCUUCAUUGUGGAAGAUGUGGAUGGUGUCUUGGCAGCUGCGGUGGUGGUAGUCGGUCUCUUUAUGGACGAUGUGGUGGGAGGCUUCUUUGGAGCACUGGCUAAUGUGGAAGUUGAGGAUGCAGCUGGUUUCUUGAUUGAAGUCAAUGUUGGAGUUGAUGUGGUGACUGAUGUAGUCUUCUUGGGUACCGUACUCGCAGCCUUUGUUGUUGUGGCCGUCUUUGCACUCAUACCAACUGAUGAUGGUGAUGUCGCAGGUCUCUUCAAUCCACUCACUGGUGGGGUGCCAGCCACAGAGGUUGUCUUCUUUGCCGCUGCCACUGUCACCGCUGCUCCAACUUUAGCUUUUGUCACACUAGAUGAAGUAGUAGAAGUUGAUGUAGUUGUGGUUGUCGAUGUGCAUGGUAUAUCCAUUGUUGUUGUUGAAGUAGUGGACUCAUCUGAUGAGAUAAGCUCCAAUGAUGAGACUGCUGGGUCUAUAUCCGAUGACUCUGCCACUGUGUCAGACUCCUGUGCCUGUCCAACGAAUGUGUCUGAUGACACCGCCACUUGCUGA